AUGCGGGUCAUCUGCUCACCAAAUCGCCGUUGCCCCCAAACCCCACCCCAGCGGAAGGGCGCCGGUGCCGCCAAGAGGCCGCUGUUUUGUCCGGGCGGCAUACACCGGGCACACGGCGCCCCCGGGGGCAGGCAGGGCGGAGAGUACCGGCGCUUCCCAGCCCCGAUUACAGAAAUUUGUGGAGCCAAGCGUGUGGGUUAUUUUGGUCCUGCUCAAUUUUAUAUUGCUUUGAAGUUAAUUGCAGCAGCACAGUCAGGGUUCCCAGUACGGAUUGAGAGCAUUAAGAAUGAAUUGCCUCUGCCACGGUUUAUGGCGUUGAAAAAUGACAGUGAAGUACGUUAUGGGACUUCAGCAGAACACCAUGGAGUUAAAUUUCAGGUUCCACAUGCACCUUUGGAAAAAAAUUCCUACAAAAGAACAGAUGAAGGGGACAAACAGGAACUCAAGUCUCCACCGAUGUCUCCAAUCUGCUCACCUCCUGCUUCUCCAUCUACUUACCAGAGAAUACCCUUAAGUUAUGGAUAUGGUAAAACAAGAAGUGGGCUGGAGCAGCAGCAUGGAGCUCCUUAUGAAGUCAGACACUCUACUCACCAGCAAGAUGGACUAACAUCAGGGAAUUAUGGAGCCAAAUCUGCAGUCACCUGUUCAACUCUUAAUCGGUCUCUUUCAGUGGAGCGGGAACAGCAGGACAGCAGCAGCCACUACUCGGAUGACCCUUGGAGGAUAACGGAGGAGCAGCGAGACUACUAUAUCAACCAGUUCAGGUCCCUGCAGCCUGACCUGAACUCUUUUAUUUCAGGUUCUGUGGCAAAGAAUUUCUUCACAAAGUCAAAGCUGCCCAUCCCAGAGCUUUCUCACAUCUGGGAGCUGAGUGACGUGGAUUGCGACGGGGCGCUGACACUCCCAGAGUUUUGUGCCGCUUUCCACCUCGUGGUUGCGAGGAAGAAUGGUUACCAGCUGCCGGAGACGCUGCCGGAGACGCUGCUACCCGAGUACCUUCAAGCAGCUUCUUUGAAGCCCAUGCGUGACUGCACACUAUUUGAUUCUUAUUCUGAGUCGUUGCCAGGCGGUCAGCAGAGUCGGGACUUCAGUCGAACGGAGAAGGCAUCAGCUGAAGAGGUACCUGAUAACUCUGCCCUGUUACAAGAUGCAAAGAAAGAUGACAAACAAGCUCUUAAAGUAAGCACUGCUCUCAAAAUGAUACCAAAGGAAUUUCAGCACUUAACUGUGAAAACUGCUCAGGAAUCUAAUGCACUUAAAGCCAGACCACGAUCCAGGUCUUAUUCUAGCACAUCAAUAGAAGAUGCCAUAAAAAAGGGAGAAGAGCCCCCUACGCCACCUCCAAGGCCACAGAAGUCACAUUCCAGAGCUUCUUCUUUGGAUCUGAACAAAAUAUUUCAACAAAACACACAAGCUGUGAGGUCUGGCUGGCUGCCCCCACCACCACCUGCACUGCCCCCUCGACCUUCUGUAUCUCAGACAGAGCAACCAUCUGAGGUUGAAUUACAUCCUCAGAUGAAUAGACCCCCGUCGCAGGCAGAAGAAAACAGUUCAGCAAAAAAGGAGGUUGUUCUUGCUCAUCCGCCCUCCAAACCUGCCCGCAGGAAGCUCCGGACAGAGGUGCAGGGGCUGGAGACCCCUGAGCUUUCUCCCACUAUAAAUGUGACUUCUUCCCUGCCAGCAGUCAAGCCUCAUCUCCCAGUCCAAAAACAGUCUUCCAAGCAGAAAAGGGCUAUUCAGACCGCUAUCCGAAAAAACAAAGAAGCCAAUGCUGUGCUUGCCAGGUUGAACAGUGAGCUCCAGCAGCAGCUGAAGGAGGUUCACAAGGAACGAAUUGCCUUGGAAACGCAGCUGGAACAGCUACGUCCUGUCACCGUCUUGUGACUUCUCACACCGCCAUGCAGCAGCAAGAGUGGAGCAGGCAUCCCAGCAGCCUUGCAGGGAGAGGAGUGCAGUGCGGCUGAGCAGGGUUUCUGCCAAGGUGGUGGCGGUGGGGAGGACCGGCUUGUCAGGUCUCCCUUCACCCUUCUUCGUCCAUUUGCCUUUGCAGAUGAAGACGGUACAGAAAACAAAUAUCUGACUGUUGGAUAUUUCUGAGUGGAGGGGGGGGGGAUGCUCCGCCUUCUUUCCUCCUUUUUCCCAGCCUAAUGUGUAAAUGCAGUUUAUCACUGAAAUGAAUAACCUGAGAGUAUUUUAUUUAUGUAAAAAAUUCCUGAUUUAUAUGCUUUCUGGCAGCACCUCCUGCCCUGAUCAUUGAGGUACAGCAUUCCUGAAUUCUUGCUUAAAUUUAAAAUUCAUCCUUUGAGAUGGACUUCUGGAUGUUACUGAUUCCUGUAGGAUUGUAUCAUGGUAGAGUACCUCUGGCUUUCAGGUACUACAGGAAUAAAACUCCCUUAGACAUAAAGUCUUUAUCUGCAAUCACAUGUUAGAUAAUUAUUUUCUUAGUACUGUUUAUUAUGCAAUCACGGAUGUAUUUUGAUGUUAGAGAACUUGUAUUUUAUAAGUUCAAAUCUCAUGAGAGAACAGUAAAAAAUACUAAAAUUUAAUUAUUUUCGAAAUUUUAAAAAAUCUGGGUUUUGAGCUGUAACUGUUUCCCAUCACCAGUGUUUGAUCACUUGCUUGAACUGCCAGUGCCUCUGCAUACUUUUAGCAUGUUUGAAAUCCCUGGUUUAUAGCUUGCUUCUUUCUUUUUUUUUAAAAAAAAAACCAAACAACCGUGUGUUUCUAACAAGAGGUUAGGGCAUUUUUGUAAAAGCUGUUCUAUGUACAUUUGUAUUAGUCUGCUUUGUUGUCUUAAUAGCUGCUGAUUUGUUUUAAGUAUGUGUACAAGAACUGUGUUUCCAAAAGAAGAAAGAUAGCAAAAGUGCUAUAUAUGAGCUUGUAAAAUGUGUGAAGGAAAUGACUGCCUUCUACAACAGGUUUUUGUUAAGGUUCCUUUGCACCUCACUGGAGAUGCUACUGACUGGAUGAAGCUGCUAAUGCCCAUUUAUUUUCUAAAUGAAGAAGCAAAGGUUAAUUCUUAAGCUGGGUCUGAACCAACUGAAUCCGGUGGGGAUUUUUCCAUGGAUGCAGGUGGUCAUUGACUUCAGUCUCAGUUCUUGCAAUGGAAGCUGGCUAACUAAUGUUACUUUAUUUCUUUGGCCAGUUCUCUUAGAUAGGGUGACUUCAGACAUAAUGUCAGCCUCCGUCCACAGAUAUAAGUGCUUCGCUACAAGGGAAUGUCACCUACCUGUUAUCCAAAACGUGCUACUGCACGUAUUUCAUAUCCUGUUCACUAAUCUAAGCAUACGUAUUUGCCUUGCAGAAAUGGUGUAACAGGUUUCUACUGUUGUUGGUGUGAUGCUUUCUCCCUGUAGCUAUAAGAUGGCCCUGGGGCUGAGAGGAAGGAGAAGCAGGUUUGAAGCAGCUGGGUAGCCUCCCUUCAGGGUGUAUCAUGAAAUGGCUGUGGCGUGGUAUCAGAGGACAUCAGAGCAGCCAAAAGUUUUGUUGGCAGAUAAGAAUGACAUCAGCGGGAGUGUCUGAAGUGAUGAGGAAGCAGCCUAAUUUUUCUAAAAGGGAUAUGGAUGUGUGACAUAGAUCCAGAAGUCUGAAGGUGGAAACAGACGUUUGCAGAAUUGUUACUGAAAAUCUAUUUUUGUAACACAUUGGUUCCAGUUCAACUAAACAUCACUGUGUCAACAAGCAACAACCGUUUUGCUGGAUUUGGGUCGUCCUUUUGUGUGACUGUUGCAUAGCUGGGGUCAGACAGUCAUUCCUGGUCAGUGACAAAAUGCGAGAACUGCAGACUUUCCGGGAAGCUGCAAAACAGAUGCUGCCCUCUCACUAGUGGUGGUACUGUUCAGAAUUUAUCAUCAUUUAUUUCAUACAUUCAUAACACUGAGUCAUUCCUGAGAUUUUAAUGAGGUUAAGCACUCACUGUUUGUUUGCUUUUUAGUUCUUACAUUAUCAGUUAAUAAGCCCCUAGUAUUUGAUAGGAAAUAAUAAUAUGGCAUAUUUUUAUGGAUUUUUUUUUUUAAGGAAAGCUUUUUAAUGAUUAUAAAGAAGUGUGCACAUUGUAUUUUUAAGGCAGUAGAGGACUUUUUCAUGUUUGAUAGGAGCUUCCUCUAGAAUAAUCCCCCAUUUAUUUUGCUUAGGUUAUUCAUGGAAUAGAUGCUGUUCAAAGGAAGAGUGAAGAAGGCUGGUUUAUAUGUCUCUUUCAGAUGUCUUCCUUCUAAUGUACAGGACUUUUUUUCAUUCACUGGAAGUGAGGGUACUUGGUUAGCUAACAAUGAAAUAUUUACUCAGUUGUUACUCUACCACAGGACUUAAUAAAUUAAAAAUUUAACCAUCCCUGCAUUUACAGGGUUGCAGUCAAAUGCCUCGCUCAGCUUCAAGGCCUGGAGUGUAGGUUGAUUUGUAUUCUGUUUGAUGAAGUGUUGGGUAUGAUGAUGAUAUACUACUUCACAGAGAGAGAGUAAAGCAAAAUAUUCAAGGAGAAAUGCUGUUGUGUUACACAUACAAUGUAAUGUCUCAGUACUUAAGCAUUCAUGAUAGCCCAUGCAAAAUGAAAAAAAUGUGUCUGGUUUUGGGAGGCUGUUAGCAUUUUGAGAGGGAGAGGAGGAGGCAUCAUGAAGCUAUAGACAAUACUUCUAGCCAUUGCUGCAUGUAGCCACACUCAUGGCUACUAUUAACAGACCCUGGCUGGUCAACGCAUCUAAAACCAGUAUCACAGAUUUUCUCAAAAAAAAUAUUUUUCCUUUGGAAAGAUGUGGGUGCAGUAAAAUCAUAAUUUCUUGCAGAAACCUUUGCUUUCUGAAAUUUUGGGUGGGAGAUUCUCCUCAAGCCAAGAUAGACCAUCUGGUCAGAAAGGGAGACCUCACAGGCUGUUUGCUCAAUGUUCAGGGCACUUUCUUGAGCUACAGGAAAGCAAUCUACUUUAAGCUUCUGGCGUGCCUUACCCAGAACAACAACUGGAAUCUGCCUGACCAAGGAGCGACAGCAGCUUCCCCUGUGUGAGGUCUCACUCCUCCUCAUUUAAUGGUUUUUGUAGAUACUUAUGCAGAGCAGAACAUGCCAGCAAGAGAGGAUAACUGGGAACAGGAGCUGGAGCAUUGGCUUCCUUGCAUCUGAGAGCAUGCGAUGACCAUGAGCCUGGUGCCCCUUUUUAAGUCUUCAAUUUCCUGCAGCUAUUCUGGUAUGGACAAUUAAAUAUUUUUGUCGACAGGACAACACUAGGCAGAGAAGAUAAGGAUCUUCCUCAGUGUGUGUAGGUGUGCACUCAUGUCUUCUUUUUGAUCACACAUUUCUUUAUAUAUCUGUUAAUGUUCAUAUCGCCCAAUAACUUUCUAUGAAAUGUUCGUUUCAAUACGUGGUAGUUCAGUGGUGAAAAAAGAAAAGUGCCCAGCUAAGUGUAGUGACUGGUUGCCUUUGUAGACCAAGCCAGUUUUGAGCCUUUAAAUAUAAAUAACAACCUGGUAAUGAAGCAAGGAAAACGGAUUCCAUUUCUGAGGCAUUCCUUUAAACAAACUGUGAACAAACAAUCCUUAAUGAUCAAUGUCCUUCUUUUAAUUUUAUACUAGGAUGCAGGGGAAACAUUGCCACCUUUUUCUAGAUAGUUCUCUCUUCCAGAGAGUUUUGGUGACGUAGCAAAAAUGUCAGUGAUUAGUGGAUUCAGCCCUGUUAUUAGUAAGUUGGUGAAUAUCCUUUUUUAACUCAAAAGAUUAUCUCCAACCUGUUUUUACGUGCAUGGCAGUAGUUUUGCUGCUGGGAAUUCUGUAUCCACACUGGGGAGAGGAACUUGUUCGGCUGUCGUCCAGAUGGUCCCAACUUAACACUGCCAGGGCUAACUGGCAUGGGGUGAUGACAACUUUCACAGUAAAAUGAACCCAGAGGGCUCGUUUGGAACACUUCACAGGAAGCAUUUAGGAUGGGCAUGAUGUGCAAAUUGCCUUUUGGUGGUGUAUAAGUUGCUUUCCUCCCAUCUGAGCUUCCAGAUCAGGACAAAGAGAGACUGUAAAAGUUGCUAGCCAGGGAGUGAGGGGUGUCCAUUUUCCAGCACCAUGAGCCAUUCGGCCUUCAGCACACGUGGUCCUUGACAAGAAAAUACACGGGGUUAUAAAAGAAGCCCUCAGAAAGUCACCUAUUUUCUUGACUAAAGAGUACAAGUAUUUUUUCAGGAAAAAAAUAAUCUAAGUGAUGUAGUACCUUUGAUAAGAGAUGAUGUAUUUUGAAGCUUUCUCAGUUAUUUUCAUGAUAAUGUGCUAUGAACAUAUGCAUUAUGUUUUACUCUGUUACUGAUUUUUUGAUAUAAAAAAUCAUAUUGCAAGCAUUAUCUUUGUUAAUCUAAAAAAAAUACCCUGAGGCUAUUAUAUAUUUGAAUUUUAACUUAUAAAGUAGAUAGCCAGAUUUAAGCAAUUUGUUUUCACAGCUGCAGACUGUCCACGUGGUAAGCUGCAAAAUGUAUAGUGUUCUAUACUAUGCCCAUCUAAUUUUGGAAAAUGUAUGUGAUAUGGAACUGGGUGCUACAUUAAAAUAAAAGCAUCCAAUAACUUC